GACACGUCGUGGUUGGCCUGGCAGAAGGUAGUGUUCGAGUAAGUAGCGGACUUCCACGCGGUACACACCACACUUAUAUACUCCUGAUUCAUCUGUCACACCUCGCUACACCACCUUUACCUCGUAUAUUUUUUUUUUAAAUAUAUCUCUCUCUCGCUAUCUGUCACCAACACAGACACCUGCUGCCGACGAAGGAGUCACUCAACCUCUGCUGCUGCUGCCUCGACCACACCUCACACUCACUCACUCUCUGAACUCACUCACUCUCCCCUUCGUAAAGUUUACGCUCCGUGACCAAACUUUUCCACGCUUCUCCAGAUUAUCAGCGAUGAUGAGGACAGGAAUAUGUAUAGUGUUGAUGGGCGUGAUGCUGCUGGGAGUCGUAGCCAGCGUGACAGACGCCCAGGAACCCGCGGAGAGAGAGCGAAGGGCGCCCUCCGGAUUCCUAGGGAUGCGGGGCAAGAAGAACGACUACAUGCUACAGGAGGACGACUACCCAAUGAACGAACCCAUCCUCGCCAGGAUCGAAGCCGCUAAGAGCCUCCCCAUCAGAGGCAAGAAGGCGCCCUCCGGCUUCCUCGGCAUGAGAGGGAAGAAGAGCGAUGAGGAAGUUUACGGCAACAACUUCGCCGACUACGAACUCGAAGCCCUCCUGAAGCGAGCUCCCUCCGGGUUCCUGGGCAUGCGCGGAAAGAAGGCACCCUCAGGAUUUUUGGGCAUGCGAGGCAAGAAGGCUCCUUCCGGAUUCCUUGGCAUGAGAGGCAAGAAAUACGACGACGAAGAAGUUGAUGCUCUCAUUGAGGUCCUCUCAGCGAUGGCAGCCGAAGGACAACAGCAAAAGCGAGCUCCUUCAGGAUUCCUCGGCAUGCGAGGCAAAAAGUCCGUCUACGACGACCAGACCGACGACGAGCUCAGCAUGGAUAAAAGAGCACCAUCGGGGUUCCUCGGAAUGAGGGGCUGAGGUGGAGGACGUCUCCAGACCUCCCUCUCCGAAGAGAAACGAGGAGGACAAACUCUUAAAAAAAAACAAAAAAAGCCAAAAGUCCCCCCAUGUCCAUAAAUCAUACUUAGUUUUGACCGUUUGAAGAGCGUAGAUGAUACCAUUACUCCCCCAGCCAGAUCAACACCCCCAUCUCUAUCUCUCUCUUUCUCUACCACUCUAUCUUUGUCUCUCCAUCACGACCUUCCAUCUUAGGUCGCACGGCGUUUAGUCUUCUAGUUCGUAAAAAAAAAGAAUAAAUUUUGUGUAAUGCUAUGAGAAGUUGACUGUAUAUUGGAGAAAAUACCAGCAAUAGGCCUUGGAAUUUGUAUUAAGGUAGCUUUUUCUUCUUCUACUUCCUCUGCUCUUCCUAUAUACAGAUUUGUUCUGUUGUUUAACCUUUACAAUUUUUAUGAGUCUAGUGUUCCUUUAUUGCGUGUGGUAUUAAUUUACAUCUGUCAACACUCGUACUUUCAGUUAAGUCUAUAGAAAUAUCUCUCAGUGCAUUCUGAUGGGUUUUAACUUAAUUCCUCUGAAUAGUUUAUGAAAAGGACCACGUAUACAUAUCAGUCUGGCGGCAGCGUUAGAUUUCGGACUUAGGGAACAUUACAUAAUCAAAUGCCAUUGCCUUCUCUGAGCGUCUUGUCUGGAAGUGUUGAAAAGAUGUGGAUUAUUUUGUCUGUAAAUUUUAUUUUCCUGUUUCAUGGAGAAAACAAAUUUAGAGAAAGAAAAUCAGCAGUACAACGAUAGCUCCUUUUCGCAUUCGAACCCUUACGGCUUGUAUCUGUGCUCCCAUCUAUUUUAUAUUCAUUUUUUUACAUUCACCGUUUGUGUAUCUCUCUUUAUUUAGGCUCUCCCCUCAGGUUCGAAUAGCACGUGUGUUUGUGAUAAACAUCUUGCUCCCCUGCUUUACAAAAAACUGGUGUUUCAGGCUGGGAAAUACUCUUGAUUUUCGUUAUUUCAUUUGAAAGUUAGCGAGUGUGUUCGGCCAGAGAAGUCCGCGAACCAAAUUUGGUAACGGUUCAAGUAUUUUCCCUCCCGCGCACUUCCCGUCUUGUAGGACGCUCAGCUGUUGUCUCACUGGAAAGAAGAAGACGGAGGAGAAAUUCUGUCACUGGACAGCUGUUUGGAGCUCUGUUGUAGCCUCUGAAAUAGACCGAGUAUCAUAAUCAGUACCUAACGUUCUCUGUCCGAACAUACGAGCCUAGACCAAGUUUUGCUGAACUCUCCUCCUUUUUCCACUUGCAUUCGCUCACUUCCUUUUGGUAUCACACAAGCUGCCGUACCCUUGUUCUUGUAACAACAUAGAGUUGUGUAAUCAUAUUGUAUAAAUCAUAGAAGAAGAGAAAAAUAUAUUGUGUAAAACUUUUCGUGUGAGUUCUCUAAGCAUAGAAUUCGUAGCUUCGUCCAAUAAAGUUUUUAUGUAGGAACAUUCCAAAUCCUUUCGGCUUCUUUGUACCCUGUAGUCUGAGACGAAGACGGACCCCUCUAUCGGAUUUGAUUUGAAUUAUAAUAGUAGUUGGUUUUUUUCAGUAUUGUUUCCCAUAUGAUUUGGAGUUGAUGGUAGACACUGCAUGAUUUAGUAAUCCAUGUCUGGUAUGGUUUUUGUUUUUUUCAUCUUAUUUUUGUCGGUUUUCUCGAAAGCUUUUUACCAUCACUUUCACCUCUUCCUUCGCGAUUCCCUGUAUACUUGAUACACAGAAGCUACCAUCGGUUUCACAUCUGUCAAACAGCCUGUUGCGAGUGAUUUACAUUUAAGAGCCUAGCAGAUUCAUUGUUUAAAAAAAGUGAUUGACAGACGAAUAUACAGAUAUAUAUAUAUAUAUAUAUAUAUAUAUAUAUAUAUAUAUAUAUAUAUAUAUAUAUAUAUAUAGCAUAUAAAAUUUGGUGUUCAAAUCAUACACUUGCGUCAGUAACAAUAAACUUUGCCUUUAGAAUUGGAGACUCUAUACAAAUUGUUCAGAUGAAUCUGCUCAUGUAAAAAUGAUGUAAUCCAUUAAACAAAUUGUCAUUGAAUUGUACUUUAAUUGCAAUAAAAGACAAUCCUCGUC